AUGUCGGCAAUUAUUUUACAGAGGUUAUAUUGCCCGGCACCAAGUGCGGAACGCGAUGCGGCGGAUGCGUCUCAGCACUAUAUCCCUAUGCUGCGCAUUGAUUUGGCUUGCGCAAAGGCCAAGCUGAAAGCAUGCAACGUGCCCCGUUUUGGUCCCCAUCUCCAGGAUGAGACGACCACUAUCUGCAUGAGCCGCUGGUUGAUCUGCUUCUGCAAACGUGCCGCAGGGGGUCCCAUUCAGCGGCAUUUCUGGAGUGCGAUUCUCAGCAGGGGCCGGGGGCCGUUCCAUGGUGACCGGCGUGCCAUUGUAGGGGGGGGCCAGGUGGUUCACACUUUUGGCCCUGAAGAAUGCAUGCUUCCUUUUGGUCGCAUUAACUUCCAUGAAGCAUUUUUCUGUCUAGGAUGCUGCCACGCUUAG